AUGUCGGUCUCCAGGAUCAACGAUACCCUGUAUUAUACCAAUGGGGCCGGCGCUGUAUACAUUGCCAAUGGCGACGAUGCCAACUGCACCGUCUCUACCUGUCCUCUCGAGUUGUCCACGUACGGUUAUCGGCCGUCCUUGGGAGCCAGCGGUGCACUCAUCGCGCUUUACGCUAUCUGUCUGAUAGUCCAACUCGGGCUCGGCAUCCGCUAUCGGUCGUGGUGGUUUAUGGGCUGUAUGAUCCUUGGCUGUUUCUGCGAGAUUAUCGGAUAUGUUGGGAGGAUCCUGUACUGGAAGAACCCCUGGGACGACGCCGGGUUCAUCAUGCAGAUUGUGCUCAUCACGAUUGGACCAGUAUUCUUUUCAGGUGCCAUUUAUGUUCUGCUGUCUCGACUAGUCAUUCAUUUUGGCAAGCACUAUUCUCGGCUCGCACCGAAGUGGUACAUCUGGAUUUUCAUCGUCUCCGAUGUCAUCUCCCUGGCCUUACAGGCUGCUGGUGGCGCCAAAUCGGCUUCCUCGAACGGCGGGGACGAGUCCGGUGUCAACAUUGCUCUCGCCGGUCUCGCGCUGCAAGUUGCUACACUAGUAUUGUUCUCACUGUUGGUAAUCGACUUCGCGAUCCGGAGCCGAUCUGUCUGGCGUGGAGCUGCGUUGACAGGGCGAAUCAAGAUCUUCUGCCUUGCGCUUGCUGCAGCACUCAUCUUCAUCAUGAUUCGAUGCUCUUACCGUGUCUAUGAGCUGAGUGAGGGCUACUCGAGAGACAGUGAAGCCUUGCGAGAUGAGCCACUUUUCAUCGCCCUCGAGUCAGUCAUGGUGGUAUGCGCUGCUUAUUGUUUGAUCCCUGCCCAUCCAGGGUUUGCGUUCAAGGGAGAUCAGUCCUCUGCUUCUGCUGUGGAGAAAAGCGAGGAUCUAACAGAGCCUGUCUCGAAAUAG